AUGAAGUUUCUCCUUCCUCUCCUGGCCAGCUCUGGUCUUGCCAGCGCUGCAAUUUUCGGCUCGCCUACUACCCAUACCAAGCGUGAUAGCUGGGGAGGUAGUGUGUCUUUGGGUCCGUCCAAGUCGACCAUUAUCAAUGCCGUUACCACCAUUAUCCCCGGUACUGCUCCUUCCACCCAGAAUGGCGAGCUCUUCCUUUGGCCUGGCAUGUCCAAUGGUACUGGAGACUUGGUCCAGACUACCUUGGAGAGCUGGCCCGACAACUCCUGGUGUGGAGCUACCACUGGUCAGUGGUGUGUCCGCGCCAGUGUGUUCGGAUCUUUUGGUCAGCUGGAUGGCACUGCCAGCCCCGUCAGUGGGUCUGAGAAGGUCCGGAUUGAGUACAAUCUGGAGAGUGAUGGAGAGACAUGGACGCAGACUGUCACCAAUGCCGACACUGGGGCUCUCCUUUCUAGCUAUUCUCUUGCCUCUGGCCCUUACAUGACCGGCUACGGUACCGGAACCGAAUGCGAUAGUGACUGCACUGGCACUAUCGCCGCUCAGCAGUACCUUGACACGACCAUUACCCUGGCCUCCGCUGAUACCACAUUCGGCAAUACCAUUGCCACUGCCGCUGGGGCUACUUACACUGGAUUGAGCUCGAGCCAGAACGGCAAGGUCUGGGUUAUUGACACCAUCAACAUCCCCUCCAUGUCCUAA